GGCUUCGUAAACAGAGCGACGAAAGACGAACACAAAUUGUGCUGAAAAGUAUAGCUGUAUUGGAGUAGGGACGCUGAUAUGUAGUAUUUAUUAUCUCUCUACCGGCAGUCGGUUGUGACUGGGUCAGACUGUAUUCCCUGAGAGUUCUGUGAAGUGUCAAAGAUGAAGUGCUUGCUGGUGGUCACUGAAAGUGCUGAGAUACUGUUUUACUGGACUGAUGCAGCCUUUGAAAAGAACUUACGAGAACAGUAUGGAGCAGUGGAAAAUACUGGAGAUAGAUUGCCAGCUGUAGAAGAUAGCAUCAAUACCCUCUUUGCACCUUUAAUUAUCUCCUGCAGCACUUUAAUUGAGAAAAUAAAUGAUAUUUACACUUCCUUUGUCACAGAAAAUGGGCACCAUUACAUCUUACAUCAGUUUGGAGAAUGCUUGUACAUUGCUGUAAAUGGGGAUGGAUCAGAGAGUGAGGAUGACCUGAGGAGAAAGAUAUUUGUGUUGAAGAAAUUCAUGGAAGUGCAGUUUGGGAUGGUGACCCUUAAUAGCACCCUUUUAAAAAAGGAACUUCGUCCUAAUGAUACAGGGAAGCGCGGUCGAUUGUGGAAAAUGUUGCAGGGUCUUCUUGACACUUACGACCUUUUGAGAAACCAGGAGCAAAGCUUUAUGGUAGAGGCUGUAGAGCGUCUGAUCCAUCCAACAUUGUGUGAACAGUGCAUUGAAUUUCUAGAGCGUCGAGUUGUACAACAGAUUAAUGGAAGUCCUGAACGUGCUGGAGAGGAAGUACUACAUGCCUUCAUUCUAGUACAUACCAAACUUCUUGCUUUUUAUUCAAGCCGAAGUGCCAGUUCAGUGAAACCAUCAGACCUCCUUGCCUUGAUUCUGUUAGUUCAGAAUAUGUACCCUGACAUCAGUGACCAUGGAGACGCUGCUGCGGAGCCACCAUCACUGCAUACUUACAGUAGCGGUAUUGUCAUUCAGGAAAAGGGGAGAAGAGACCUGUUAGCUACUAACAUUUCCACUCCAUCUAACACAUCCCAAGAGGAUUUUGAUGUCGGUUCAGCACCUGAAGUUUACUAUACUCCACAGCCUUCACCAACUGGAAAGAAAACAGAAUUGAUGGGAGCUGAAGAAGAGUGUACCCCAGUUUUUCAGUUUGUUGAACCAGAUAUCCAGAUGGCAGAGGACAGCUUGAAUAUUUUGGAGUCUGAGCACCGUGACCCUGCAUUCCCCAGGAGAGUGUUUCUGGAGGCAACAUUUAAGGAUGGCUACUGUCCAAUGAUGCCCCAUUCUAUGUACUGUCUGCCACUCUGGCCAGGCAUCUCAUUGGUGCUUCUCACUAAGAUUCCUAACAGUCAGGUUGCAGUGUCACUGUACAAUUUCUUGGAGGCAUUCUCCUUGUUAGAGAAGAAAUUAAAUGAAGUCCAGGAGGGCAUACCACAUUCCCGUUUGCAGUCGUCUCUUCCAUCCCUUGCAGAUCUUCGUACAAAGCUUGACAAGUUCAUCCGUGCUCUUGGCAACAUAGAUCAACAGCUGCAGAACACAUGGACCGACUUUAAGAACAAAGCAUUUUUAAGAACAGGGCAGGGAAAUGCUCAGGAGUUACUCCCCCUCUGCCGCUCUCUUAGAAGUCAGCUGUGUGCUAUAUACAGGCAGUACUUUGUGACAGAAGGUCAAGGGUCCCAUCAACGAUUAUCAGAAAAUCUCCAGAAGAAGGCUUUCACUAUGAUGCAGGAAAAGCUGACAGAUUGGAAAGAUUUUUUGUUGGUGAAGAGCAAAAGGAAUAUCACAAUGGUGUCAUAUCCUUAUUAUUUUCCAGGUCUAAUUCAUUUUAUCUAUGUGGAUAGAACAGCAGGACAAAUGAUCUCCCCCUCCCUAAGUGUAUCCGAUGACUCUACAUCUGAGCUUGGCAAAGGUCCACUUGCUCACUUUAUCAAAAGCAAGGUAUGGUCUCUGGUAAGAACUUCACGCCGCUACCUGCAAAAAGGUUACACAACAGUAACCCUACGAGAUGGGGAUUAUUACUUCAGCUACUUUUUAUGGUUUGAAAAUGAAACGGGCUAUAAAUUAGAAGUUAUUGAGUUGCCAGUUUUGUCUGAUGAUUCAGCCCCUAUAGGAAUGCUGGCUGGGGACUAUUACAGGCAACUUUUAAGAUAUUACAGCAAAACACAUCAAACUGAAAUUAUUAAAUGUUAUGAACUAAUGACAAUUCAUCUGGGAGUUAUUCCUCCAGACUCCAUUCUGCAACAGUGUUGUGAUUUAGCAAGAAAGCUAUGGGAGCCCUCCAGAAUCCCACUUCUCUAGAACUUGUAAAGAAAGGAGCAUCUUGUAUUUUAUUGGAAGGAAAUGUAGGUACAUAAUAUGAAGCAACAUAAAAUUGCUCUAAACAAAUAAAAUUAAGUUUACUUUUUUCAUACA